CGAGUUCCUCUUUUACAACAAGCAAGGAGGAACCACAUCAUCAGCACACACCGUCAUAAUGGCAAAAGGAGAUGUGCCGACCCUGGGCAGUCUCGAUAAGCCUGAAGAUCUCAACAAUCUUCUGCGUGCAGACCGUGGUGAUGACUGCACUGCUUGCAGAGUGAUUGGCGGUGGCGCAUUUCUGGCACUCGCCGGUUAUAACUAUGUGUCAGGCAAUGCACACCUCCGGAGGCAACAACAAGCAAUACUACAAAGCAAGUCGAUGUUCGGCAUGAGGAGUAGAAAAUCCGGCGUUGCAGGCAUCUCCCUGGGGUUGGCAUAUCUCGGCAUCUGGAGGCUAUUCAUGUAAAAAAGAAUUGGGGGGAGAAGGCCAGAUGGCGAUCAACCGACGCAACCGACAUAUGAACA